AUGGACGAUCCCAACCGCCGUAGGAGGCAGAAUGAAGCGCCCAUGCAUCCCACCUCCAACCCAAGAUACAACAUUCAGGAUCCCUUACAGCAGCGCCGCUCCAUGGCUACAGGUUCGACUGAGCGAUACAAUCGACCGGCACCCCUCAACACUUCGCCCUCACAAGCUCGGGGCAUGGGAAGCACGGGUAGCUACAGCACGUACAACUAUCAGGAACCGGUAGCAGGAUCUUUCAACACACCCAUGGCGACGAACACGAUGCAUUAUCCUUCGGGAUAUGGCCAGGACGGCCGUCCGGCAGCGCAAAAUUUUGGUGGAUAUAAUGCGGCCAUGACGAUGGGUUAUGACAAUUUGACUGGCGCUACAGGCUCCGUUUACGACAGCCAGCCUCAGUUCCCACGGCAGCCUGCAGCUGCACCGAUCUUACCGACAGACGUGUCGACUUCCUAUUUUCCAAACGACCCAAGCAGCAGCACCGGAGCCUCCAAUCUUCCUCAUGCCCAACCCGCCAGCGCGACUGCGACCGCUUAUCAACAGCCGCAGAUGGCGAACUACCAGGCCAAUAUCUCCAACGUGGGCGGAAUGCCGCAGCAGACAUCAAGCGCCGACGUUUCGAUGGAAGAGCAGGAUUAUUCGACAACGGGUGGCUUGGAGGAGAAGUGGAUGGAGUACCAGUCUGCGUUGCGUGGAGUUUUCCAAAAUGUCCGCAACGGCGUGCUCGAGAGCGCAAGCCAGUCCCUUUUGGACGUCUCUAACUGGCUUUUGUCACAAGUAGUGGAUCUUGGGCUAAACCUCGACGACCAAAAUUUGCAUGGAGACCGGAUUAAGCUAUGGAACGACUUCAAUCACGCGUGGCUCGCACUUUUACAAAUGCAGAAAGAUUUGAUGGAACCUGGACGACAACUACAGCGAUCACAGACCUUGGUCAGUAAGGAGGGCCUAGAAAAAAUGGGCAAAGAGCUGGUGCGACUCUGUGAUGGCAUUGAGCGUCACGGGUUGGUUGAUUAUCAGUACGGCGUUUGGGAGCAGCAGAUCAUUGAGAUUCUCGAAGCAUGCCUUGAUCUUUACGAGGCGAACGAGGAAUCUAGCGGGAACGGCGGCGGAAAUCAGGCAGCAUCUGGCUCUCACCAUGGUAGCAGAUAA